AUGGACCACUUCUCUUGCAAGAAUACAAACAAGAUGGCCAGGAGGACCCACGUUGUUGCCGGUCUUGGUUUAAGACCAUGUUGUUUCUUCUGUGUCAUGGAAGAAAAAGACCCUUGUGUUAGAAAAGCAUGGUUAGAGUUAGCCCUGAGAGAUUUGCACAUGACAAGAGACGACACAGAGCUAGCUCUCACACUCAGUUUCAUCUGGAGAUACGCCAUGGCCGACCCGGAAGAUCCCGAGUUACCGUCUCUCGGGAUCUUUGAGUGCAUGACAAAGUUGUUGAUGAAAGGUCUUGAGGAUCUAGAAUGGUUAAGGACUGGUCAAAAUGUGUAUGUUCCUUACUAUGCUGCUCAUAUCAUUGGAUCUUAUACCAUGAAGAAGCCUGAGUUUGCUGUGAAAGCUGUGGAGUCUGGGGUCAUAGCGCCAUUGCUUCAGCUUAUGAGAGGCAAGAUGAGUUGGGUAGAGAAAAGAGUCGUAAUUAGGGCGUUAGGUCACUUGGCGAGCUACGAGAGGACGUUUGAGGCAGUGGCUGCUUACGAGGAUGAAGUGGUGAGACUAGCCAUGGAGAUUGCGGCGACAUGUGUUGAUGUUGUGUAUGAAGAGUUUGUGAGUGUUCAAGAAAGAGAAGGAAGAGUGAAGUAUCACAUUGACUUGCUUACUAGAGGACUUGGAGGGUUAGAGAUGGAAGACCAAAAAGCCGAGGAAUGGGCAAGCCAACUCCAAUGCUGGUCACUUCAUUUACUCAGUUGCUUUGCUUACAAGCAAAGAUCUAUUUCUCUUAUUUGCAACAAAACCUUUCUGAAGAAGCUUAGCCAAAUGUGGGGUGGAUUGGUUAACCACAAUUCUCCUGCAGGUAUCGGACUAAUCCGGAUUAUUUGUUAUAGUAAACUAGGGAGAGGCAAAGUUGCGGAAUCGAGAGAGUUGAUAUUGAGUCUAUGCAAUCUCUCUAGGUCUUCUGAUGAUUGGCAAUACAUGGGUAUAGAUUGCCUUUUGCUUCUCCUCAAAGACCAAGAAACAAGGUACAAAGUCUUAGAGACAUCAUUGUUUUAUUUACUAGACCUAGUUGAGAUUAAAGCUCUUAAUGAUAGACCAAACCUAGGUGAUAGAAUAACUAGGGUUCUUCUAAUGGAUUACAAUACAAAGAAAGGUUUUAUCUACACUCACAAGACUCAAACGGCUUUGAAAGAAUUGUGGAAGACUUUUGUAGAGAGGAGAAGGAGAGAGAGGAGUGAUAAUCAAGAAAAGGUAGCAGAGACAAGUGUUGUUGUGAAUUUGAUUAAGCAGCAAGCAAACCAUUUUCUUCGUGUAGGAGACAUAGAAGGGGCUAUUAAAUGCUACAACGAAGCAAUAGGUUUAUGUCCUUUGAAACUUAGGAGGAAGAGAAUGGUUUUAUAUAGCGAUAGAGGAGAGUGUUUCUUACUUCUUGGAGAAGUUGAUGCGGCCAUAAGUGAAUGCACAAGAGCUCUUUGCUUGUCCGAGCCUGUGAACUCACAUGGUAAGAGUCUUUGGACAAGAUCAAGAGCUUAUGAUAUCAAAGGGCUCUCAAGAGAAAGCUUGAUGGACUGUAUCAUGUUCGUUCAUGUUCGUUGCUCCCGUGGAAAAAUCCCUUACUAUGCUGCUCAAAUGAUCAGCAAACAGAUGGAAGCCACGUGGCUGUUUGAAGAGGCUAGAGCAUCAAGGCUUCGACGGAUGAUGCUCAAGGAGAAAAAUCACUUAACCGGCGUGUUGAAGAUCACAGAAGAACCAGGGAAGAAGAAGGAAGGAAUGAUGAUGCAAAUGAAGAAACCUGAUCCAUUGGAUUGA